UCCAGAUGAGUUUAGAGAAUGACGAUAAGCGAGCCCGCACGCGAUCAAAGGCAAUCCGAGUGCCUACAGAACUCCUUGGUUGUCUCUCCCUCUAGCUGCCCCACUCCGGGAUGUAACGGUUCGGGACACAUCCGGGGAAAGUACGCACGGCACCGGAGUUUGCAAAGUUGUCCGCUGGCAAAGAAGAGGAAGCUUCAAGAUGCAGAGGCCGAACACCUGGCGACCAAGAGGAAAUCCCACCCCCUUAAACUAGCCCUCGACGAAGGCUACAGCGUGGACAGCGACGCCAGCGAGGAGGCGGAGGUGAAAGAGGAGUCGGUGACCGACGAUUCAGAGUGCACCUUGGAAGAAGACGAGGCCGAAGUGGCCGAGCAGGAGGAAAGCUGCUGCAGCCCUCCGCCGGCAGAAGGGCAGAAUUCCCCGAGUCCACGUCCCGGGCAAAGUAUGGGCUCCGAUUCCCCCGGCCUUCUCAAGGCCAGCUACAACAGCUAUCAAGUUGCCAACUCUCUUUUAAACCUCGGCCAAAUAGCAGGAGGGACUCUGGCGGCCCACGGGCCUGAGAGCGAAGGGCAAGUCUCCAAAGCCAGCGAGAACGCCAUGCACUUAGUAGACAAAGGAGCCACAGAGGAGGAGGAAGAGGAGGAGGAGGAAGAAGAGGAAGAGGAGGAGGAGGAGGAGUGCGAGAAGGAGAUCAUCAUCCACACGGAGGAUGCAGAGGAAGUCAUCGAGGUCACCAGCGAACGCAGCAGCGACGUGUGCCUGGAAAAUCGGGACGACGAGGCGAGCGGCGAAGAAUUCUGCAAACUGGGGAAGGAGGAAGAGGAGGACAAUGACGAAGAGGAGGAGGAGGAAGAGGAGGAGGAGGAGGAGGAGGAGGAGAGGAUGGCUGAAGUGAUUUGUGAAGAAGCUCGGCGCGCGUCUCAGGAUUCCCCCAGAACCCACUGUGAAGGGCAGGUGGCCAGCCCCAAGCCUGAGUACUCUGUCAUUGUGGAGGUGAGGUCUGACGAUGACAAGGACGAUGACUCCCACUCCCAGAAAUCCACAGUGACGGACGAGUCGGAGAUGUAUGACAUGAUGACCCGUGGGAACCUGGGCCUCUUGGAACAGGCCAUUGCCCUGAAAGCAGAACAGGUGAAGGUCGUAAGGGAGCCCAACCAGCUGACCGGGGAACACGUCAAACAUUUCCAGGUGGAGGAAAAGCACAGCAAAGCCCUGGACUCCAUCAGAAAGAGCUACUACGGCAAAGAUCCUUCAAGACCCGAGAAACGGGAGAUCAAAUGCCCAACUCCCGGCUGCGAUGGCACAGGUCACGUCACGGGGCUGUAUCCUCACCACCGUAGUCUGUCUGGCUGCCCGCACAAAGACAGGAUCCCUCCGGAGAUCUUGGCCAUGCACGAGAAUGUAUUAAAAUGCCCCACACCUGGAUGUACUGGACAGGGCCAUAAAGAACAGCACCUGAAUGCCUCCCGCAGUUUAUCCGGAUGCCCCAUCGCUGCUGCUGAGAAACUAGCCAAAUCUCACGAGAAACAGCAGCCGCCGACGGGCGACCCUUCAAAGAAUAGCUCGAAUUCUGAUCGGAUACUCAGGCCUAUGUGCUUUGUGAAGCAACUGGAGGUGCCUCAGUACGGGAGCUACAGGCCGAAUAUGGUUCCCACCACGCCAAGGGCCAACUUGGCCAAGGAGCUGGAGAAAUACUCCAAGGUCACCUUCGAUUAUGCAAGUUUUGAUGCUCAGGUUUUUGGCAAACGCAUGCUUGCCCCAAAGAUUCAGACUAGCGAAACCUCACCUAAAGCCUUUAAAUCCAAACCUUUUCCAAAGGCCUCUUCCCCCGGCCACAGUCCCUCGAGCAGUUACGUGAAGAGCACUUCGUCUUCGUCCACAGGCUUCGACUACUCCCACGAUGCCGAGGCUGCGCACAUGGCCGCCACCGCCAUCUUGAACCUCUCCACCCGCUGCUGGGAAAUGCCUGAAAAUCUCAGCACUAAGCAACAAGAUCUCCCGGGCAAGUCAAUGGACAUCGAGGUGGACGAAAACGGGACUUUGGACUUAAGUAUGAACAAGCACCGCAAACGCGAGAGCGCCUUCCCCAGCAGCAGCAGCUGCAGCAGUAGCCCCAGCAUCAAAUCCCCGGAUGUCUCCCAACGCCAAAACAGCACCAGUGCCACCAGCAGCACCAUGACCUCACCCCAGUCCAGCCACGCGUCCCGGCAGGACGAGUGGGACGGCCCCAUCGACUACACCAAACCAAAUCGGCAGCGGGAAGAGGAGCCGGAAGAGUCGGAGCCUGCCGUCCGAUCUUUCGCUUCAUCGGAAGCAGACGACCAGGAAGUACAUGAAGAACAUUUCGAAGAGAGGAAAUACCCUGGGGAAAUCACCUUAACCAACUUCAAGUUGAAGUUUCUUUCCAAGGAGAUCAAGAAAGAGCUGCUUACUUGCCCUACCCCAGGCUGUGAUGGCAGCGGACACAUCACUGGGAACUAUGCUUCUCACCGCAGCCUUUCUGGUUGUCCUCUUGCUGACAAGAGCCUCAGAAAUCUCAUGGCUGCCCACUCUGCUGACCUCAAGUGCCCAACUCCAGGCUGUGAUGGCUCCGGCCACAUAACAGGAAAUUAUGCAUCACAUAGAAGUUUGUCAGGCUGUCCUCGUGCCAAGAAAAGUGGCAUCAAGAUCACCCCCACAAAGGAUGACAAAGAGGACCCAGAGCUGAUGAAGUUGCCCGUUCCCUGGAUUGUCGGCCUGUCUGGGUGUCCAAGAGCUACUUUUGCUGGAAAAAAGGGGAAAAUCUCAGGGGAUGAAAUUCUCAACACUAAAUUCAAGACCAGCGAUGUUCUAGAGAACGAUGAAGAAAUUAAGCAGCUAAACAAAGAAAUUAGCGAGCUUAACGAGUCCAACACGGAGAUGGAAGCUGCUAUGGUGAAGCUGCAGUCACAGAUCUCAAGCAUGGAGAAGAACCUCAAGAGCAUUGAGGAGGAGAACAAGAUGAUCGAGGAGCAGAACGAAGCCCUCUUCCUGGAGCUCUCAGGGCUGAGCCAGACGCUAAUCCAAAGUCUCGCCAAUAUCCGCCUUCCACACAUGGUGAGAAUCUCAUUUUCCUGAGACGUUUCUCUCAUAGCCGCGGAAGGGACCAGGAACGGCAAAAGAGACCUGGGCCGGGUUUUGAAG